AGAGAGAGAAAGAAAGAAAGAGAGAGAGAGAAAGAGAGAGGGGGGAGAAAGAGAGAGGGAGAGAGAGACAGAGAGACAGAGAGACAGACAGAGAGAAAGAAGCCCCUAAUGCUUGCCAGGACCUCGUCUUGAAUUUCAGUUGAAGUUAGCUGAAGCAGACCUCGCCUUCCGAACGUGCUGAUAAGCCAGUGUGUGGCAACAGAAGAAGGGCAGGGAGACGCUGAUGUGCUGUAAGCUUCCAGGACUGUGCAGAGGAUGAGGACGGGAGUUUUACUGUGUGGGUCACUGACCAUUUGCCUCUCGGUCAUCUUGAAGCUGUGCAUGAUCAUCAGUCUGUUCCACGUUGCGGAUUCAACUUGGACAAAGCACGAAGAAGAAAGAAGUAUUUUUCUACAGGAUGCAGCAGAGAUCUACCUGAUGUACGAGUUCUUGUCAGAGGGCUUGGUGAUUGGGAAAAACCACACGAUAACUCUGCAGGACGAGGAAUUAGCUUCAACGCGUCCAGCCAAAACCUUCCACCGCAUAUUCAACACACGCGUUCCAAGAACUCCCUCCAGCAUCAACAAGACCCUGGCCAAAGUGUCCAACAUGGGAGAAGUGCUGGAAAUGGACACUUUCGAGCAGCUGCUGUUGGCUUCAGUGUUCAGCGCCCAUAAAGCUCGGCACAGCCCCGUGGAGAGUCGCCAGGACUGGGGCCAACUGUUCUGCCGCCUGGUGGCCGCUAUCACCUAUGACCUGUCACAGCUGAAAGUCCGGUGUUGAGACUCAUGGCUACUGGCCCCUUCCAUCGCCUGCAGCUACAACCCAGUUACUGCAAAGCAGGAAACGACACACAGGAAUUCUGGAAUGGAAAUGUUAGGAAGGUGGUUGUAGCUGUGGCGAGAGAAGGUGUCCGUGCCUCGUUAAAGGAGUGGGAAGGUUAGGGGUAAUCACAUUUUGGGAUGCAGAGAAAGGGAGGGCAGUGGGAAGUGCAUGCAGGCCUUUGACAAUGGUACUCAGCCAAAGACAUUAUCUAAUCUCUCCAAUGAAAAACAGGCAAGGAGGAAUCACCAGCGGGAACAGCAGAAACAACAUCUGAAUAUGCCAAGUCACUCAACCAACAUAAAUACAUAAACAAUUUCAGAUGUUGGCAACUUAAAAUAAAAACAGAGAAUCUGUGGAGAGAGAAUUGGUUAAUGUAUCGGGUUUGAGAGUCUUCUUCAGAUCUGGCAAAGAGAGAAAACAUUUAGUUUUCAGCAGGAGAGACGGUGGGGGAGUAGGAUAUAUGGAGAACAGAGGGAAUGUUUCUGAUGACUACAUGGCUUAAUAGGGAAUGAAUCUUGGUCAGUACUAGAAGGGAAGAUAAAGUAUUGAAAGUGUUAAACCAAAUUAUGCCAUUCCCUCUAUUCUAUACCUCCCUCCCUCACCUUCUCUCCCAGAGACUGUUUUUGCUCUUUCCUCAGUUCUGACAGAGUCUCCGACCCGAAGUAUUGACUGUUUAUCUCUUUACAGAUGCUGCCUGACCUGCUGAGUGUUUCCAGCAUUGUUCGUUUUUCUGCCCUCAACCUCUGUUGAGCUUUGGUGGGAGAGCAUUCGAGCCUGAAGCAGAGACUGGGCAUGGAGCUGCCCAGUCCCACUCUCGGCUCUUACAUGCACCUCAGUCAUUUAAUUAGUCCAACCAUUGCCCAGUUAUGGCCUCUCACUCUCUCAUCCAUCUGCACCCUAAGAUAUGGUGCCUCACGGUUCCCUCUCCAAAGAUGCUUCCUGCCCUAUGGAUGUGCCCAGCAAUUUGGUCAUCCAGUCAGUCUCCCAUCUCCACAAAAUGCUGCUGUUGUUGCAAAGAUUCUUUUCCAUAAAACCAGAGCUGAUGUUGCCAGGCAACAGGCUGUUUCCAUUGUUAUGGCAAGGUUUUAGUGUUUUACUCAUAAAUCUGCUUGCUAUGCACACUGAAUGUAAUGACAAAGGUCAGCCAGCCUUUUGCCUGGAUUCAAUCUUUCUUCGCUCCUUCCACAUGCUAUAAAACACAUUUUCAAUUUUAUAUCAACAACUUUGUAAGUACUUCACUGACUGUAAACCACUCUGGGUCAUUCUACGGUCAGCAAUGGCUCUGUGUAAAUACAAGUUCUUUCUCUUUAAAGCCAAACAAAUCACAGUUCCGUCACCAGGACCCCCAAUGUCACUUCAUCACACAGUCUCCUCUGAUGUAAAGCACCUGGGGCGAAGUCCUCAGUGAGGGGAAUGGUGCGGAGGAGACAGGAGUGAAGGAAAUUGGGGAGGGCUAUUGGCAGGGAAUUAGUUUCCACUAUCAGAGGUGAAUCAGAAAAUGGAGACCAAAAGUAGCAGAACAAUUAGUUUUAUUUGAACAUUUUAAUAUUGCAAAACCUUGUUUACAGUGUUCUGUCUGGGGAGUUCUGGAGACAUAACUGACUGAAAGCAUUGACAAGGAACUGGUGUUGGAACUGCCAUAACACAUUGAAGGGGUGGGGAAAUUUGGGUUUAAACCUGUGACUGUAGUUACCAAUGAAAGGUACAGGUGAGAAAUGGGGUGUGGAAGAGAAUGUAUUUGCAGUGGGAGGAUAAUUGUCUGCAGGAAGCAGAGGUGGCAGUCGGUGAAGUUAUCAGCUUUGAGAGAUUUUGGGCAGAUGCAGUUCAGGAACAGGACAACAGGGGAUAUGGUCCUGCGACAGGGGAUGGUGGGUAUUUCAGAUUAAUUAAACGUUAGUAAUUAAUUCUCCCAAAAGAGGACGCUGUGGAAUUCCUUUAUCCUAAGCAGCCCUAAUUUGGUGACUGAUUUAUUAUUCUCACAUGUACUCAUAUACAGUGAAAAUCUUUGUUUACAUGCCAUCAAGACAGGCCGUCCCACAAGUGAGCAUUUCAUUCCAUCUGAUGAACAGAGGGGCACGCAAGGCGGCAGUUACGCCAGGGGAGGGUGAAAGCGUCCUCUUCCCCUUGUCCAGCCCCCUCUGGGAGCUCCCUGCCAGUCGCUGCUGCCAUCUCCUGUCGAGGAGCAGGAAUGGUUUGAGGAGGAAAAGUCCUGACGUUUGGAAUGUUGCAGCUUCCUUAUAAGGGAUCACUGACUGGGGAGAGAGGGCAGGCGUAGGGUUGUCAGUAAUAGCACUGGGAGGCUUUAAAAUUCUCUUCUCCCCAAAGGCAGAGGUAGACGAGUUCCAGGGAAGCAGGAAUCGGGUGAAAGGAUAUCACGAGCAAAGCAGGAGAACAUGCAAUAAAUGUGCCCUGACUUUACUGCAAAAGUGAUGCCGAGUCAUAUUGAAUGAUAGAACAGCCGAGAAGGGCCGAUAGACCAGUUCUUACUCCUAAAUAGGCCGCCAGCACCCAUCUAAGUGACAACGGUUGCAACUGGGGUCUGAAGCACACAUGAAGCGAGGCAGAAUUGCCCUGAACUGGGCACGGGGCCGAUGGAAGUGACGGGGACUUGGGAGUGAGUGGGUGUUUGGGUGACCCAGACUGCCGGCAGGUGAGAGAAGGCAAAGGAAAAGGGCAAUCAUCCCCGAGGGACACGAGGUUGGAGAUUCUCCACGGAGAGCGAGAGCUGGCAUUGGAGAGUGCAGACCAAGCCCAGAUUCUGUAACCGAGAUCAUCUAACCAUGAUUCCCAGUCAGGAUUCAUCUGACCUGUGGUUGUAACAGUUUGCGUUGUGCCACCCUUGUUAAAGGACUUGUGUCCAGAAAUCGGCGACACCUCGCGUUCCUCCAGUGGGGGUGGGGGUUGGGGGGGAACUACAGUUCCUAUUAGAUCACUGGUGCUUAUUUCCCGCUGCUCCCCUUCCCCUAUCUCCCGCCGUCUGGCCCCCAGUGGUCCAAAUCAUGCCCCCCCACCCACGCUCCAUGCGCCCUUUCAUCGGACAUUGUGGUCACUUCCUAAUCAAUUCCUGCCCGAGUCUCUGCAGCCUUUCUGCACUUCUACACUCCUGCACAGAGAAAGUGAAGAUUAAUAUCAAACCUGCGGAUGCUGGAAACACUCAACAGGUCGGGCAAAAGUUAACACUUCCGGCCUAGGGUCCCUUAACGGUUUUGACGAGUUUCCAGCAUUUUCAGUUUGUUUUUAUUUUGCAAUUUUAAAGUGACCAGCUGAUAACGUGAGUGGUUGCAUCCAGCUGCUUCGGCUCCUGUGCCUGACUAUCAGCUGUCAGCACAAUCCAUUCACUGCCCUUCCGUGGACAGUGCCUGCCACGGCUCCUUGUCUUUCCUUCAUUCCUAAACAAGAGCUAUACUGCCCAGAAACAGGCCCUCCAUCACCAGGACCAGAGGAUUACCUCAGGGAAUUAAAGCAGGAACCUAUCAGGACAUCUGCAAUAUUAAACCUGCUGCUUAUAUAAUGGGUGCUGACAAAAUGCGGCUCAGGGUUAGCUGUAUCUCUGUUUACUCCACAAAGUGCAGAUUCACCAUCGUCAAUCUGUAAAUUUGAACCAAUUCCACAGGAGGCGACAUGUUGAGAGAUCCGUAAGGGAUAGAAAAGGUAAGGAUGUCGUGGUGAAUUUGUGUGGGUUUGUGUUUGGUCUGCACACCAGAAUCACAUUUAUAAUGCAGGGAUUAGUUACCGCUCUGCUGAACAUCUGGAGGCACACCCUACCAUUCCGAGUUGUUUACUAUCCGUGGUCUGCCCGGCGUUCUUUGAUCAUUGUCUUAGCCAGUUCAAUAGCUUCCCCUCGUGCUACGAGCCAGGUCUUGGGUGCUGAGGGUAUUACCGAUCUCUGUCACCAAGCUGCCUUCAUCACACCUCUC